UUCUCUAACACACACACACACACACACACAAAAAGGGAAAGAAAGCCAUGGGUUACUUUGAUGAUGAUCACAACAAUGACUCAUUUGGUUCAGACCAGAGAGAUUUUAACAGAAGGAUCUUGAUCAUGGCUAUAGUUUCCUUAUCAGUAGUGUUAGUUUUGGUCUUUGCACUUCACCUCUAUGCUAGGUGUAUCUUUAGACGCCAAGCUCGCAGCAGAGCCAUUUACCAACUAAGCCUCACCGUGGCUCAUGCUCAUAACCAAUCAAUUGAACCACCCAACACAGGGCUUGACCCUGCCCUCAUCACUUCUCUUCCCAUGUUCAUCUUCAAACGAAAGAAACCUCAACAAGAAGAAGAACCCCAUCAUCAUCAUAAUGAUGCCUCUGUUAUAGAAUGUGCCGUGUGCUUAAGUGCUCUAGAGGAUGAAGAAAUGGUGAGGUUGCUUCCAAAUUGUAAACACACUUUCCAUGUUGGUUGCAUAGAUACAUGGCUAGCUUCACACUCCACGUGUCCCAUUUGUCGAACCAAGGCUGAACCAAGGCUUGAACCGCAGCCACGUGAGGGUCCUACUAAUUUGCCUCUCAUGUUUGAACCGAUAGAAGGAACUUCAGAUGGUACUAAUAACAUUGUUUCUGGGUCACCCAAAAUCAAUGGUUCAAAUUCACGGUUGAGUUCAUUCAGAAGGAUUCUUAGUAGGGAAAGAUCAUCAAGAAGAAUCCAACCUUUUAGCCAUGGUGAUGAUGUUGAUCAAGAUUUAGAGACGCAGUAAUGUGAUUAUUGAUUGAUGAGGUACCCCUAUAUGGUUUUUUACCAUUAUUGUUAAAUUUCUCAUUAUACAGAUUGAUACACAAUAGAAAU